AUGAUGUCUCUCAUCUUCCAGCGACAAACGAAACAAAGGAUGGUAGGCCACCACGGAUCUUUGCAACCAGGCCAAGCCAGGCCAGGCCGGAGGAUGAGGAUGGAGGCAAGCAAAGCAGAAAACGGGCGGUACGUUCAACUUUAACUCGCUUCUGCACCUUGCUCAUCUAUACAACUUUUCCUCCCUCCGCGCCUUCAAAUCGGUCAUUGUUCGCCAUGACAAUGGCGAAGCGGAGUCACAUUAAUGUUUCAUCCUGAAUGCGUCUCCAUAGCUCCGCGGAGCACACACACACACACAAAUUUUGUCGAGAAGCCGACGAGCCCAUUCUUCACUUUACUAUUCCGACAAUUCGUGUGCGAUGCCACAAUAUAAAGGAAGUGUGAGUUGCUUUUCGACAAAAUUGUAGGCGCCAAAACUGGCAACUACUCUAGCGCUUUUCUCGGUAAACAUUUCAAAGUUGAGCCCAAAUUUUAGAGCCCCGCUUUAGACAUAGCUACAGCGAAAUACGGUCAACUAGAACAAAAAUCGAGUACUAGGGGUGAAGCAGAGUUUUUUUUUAUCUUUUUUAGAAAAUUUUUUCAUGGAUUGUGAUCAACUGACGAAAUGUAUAGCAAAGUGUGCUCUGCUCAUCGAAAAAUAAUUGUAAAUUUAGCUUUUCAUACAAAAAAGUUAUUCCUUCCGUCUUCCGUUAGCCCCCUUUUUCACGGGAAAAACUCGAAUAACUUUUUUGUAUGAAAAGCUAAAUUUGCAAUUAUUUUUUUAUGAGCAGAGCACACUUUGCUAUACAUUUCGUCAGUUGAUCACAUUGCAUGAAAAAAUUUUCUAAAAAAGAUAUAAAAAUUCUUCCGCUCAAGUCUGGUGGGAAGAUAGCGCACUCAAAAGUUGUCAGCCCUAGGCGCUUUCAAAGUCGACCAAAUAUUUCGGGAUUUCAGCGCGAAGUGAUCUCGAUCCACGUGGGCCAGGCGGGCGUGCAAAUCGGCAACGCGUGCUGGGAACUGUUUUGUUUGGAGCACGGAAUCCAGCCGGACGGCUACCACGUCGACGAUGACACGUACGACGAGGAGACCGAGACGAUCAACACGUUUUUCGCCGAAACGGCCGGCGCCAAGUACGUGCCGCGCUGUCUGUUCGUCGAUCUCGAGCCUACUGUAGUUGGUGAGUACGGUAGUCACUGAUCUUACGGUAUAUUGCGUACCUACACAGCGGAUCCUGUGAAUACUGUAGCAGAUUGGCAAACCUCGAUAUAUCUCAGUUGCCGGUAGAGACAUCAAAAAGUUGUCAACUAGAAAAAUGUUCACAAAGACAUUGUGCACAUUUUAUCAGUUGUCAACUUUUUGAUAUCUCCCCCGGCAGCCGAGAUACAUCAAUUUGAGCACAAGGUGUCGAUACUUUUCACGCAGAAAACCACUCCAAACUACCGUAAUCGCUUCAUUUGCAGACGAGGUGCGUACCGGCACCUACCGUAGUCUCUUCCAUCCCGAACAACUAUUGUCCGGUAAAGAGGACGCGGCGAAUUGCUACGCGCGUGGGCGCUACACAAUCGGAAGGGAAAUGAUCGAUGUGAGUUUGAAGCAUUUUUCAAAAAAAAAGCAUAACUUUUUUCUAAAAAAUCACAUCGACCCACCAUUUUUCGCCUAAAAUAAUCGGAAUCAAUUGAAAAAAAUGUGGGUAAAAAAAUUGUACAAAAUUUGAAAAAAAUUUAUUUUAAAAAAUGUGAGCAUUUUUUCAAAAAAACGCAAAAAAACCAUUUUCUCAACUUUGAAAAAUUGUAACUUUUUUCUAAAAAAUCAUAUCGACUUCAUUUUUUUGGCCUAAAAUAACCGGAAUCGAUUGAAAAAAAUGUAGGUAAAAAAAUUUUUACAAAAAAAUUUGAAAAAAAUUUGCUUUUAAAAAAAUUUGAGCAUUUUUACAGAAAAAAACGCAAGAACCCAUUUUUCUCAACUUUGAAAAAAAUUGUAACUUUUUUUCUAAAAAAAAUCAUAUCGACUCCAUUUUUCGGCCUAAGAUAACCGGAAUCGAUUGAAAAUUGUGGGUAAAAAAAUUGUACAAAAUUUGAAAAAAAUUUACUUUUAAAAAAAAUUUGAGCAUUUUUUUCAAAAAAACUUUGAAAAAAAUUGUAACAUUUUUUUCAAAAAAAUCCUACACACUCGGUUUUUGGCUUAAAAUUUCCCAAAUGUCUUUGGGAUUCCACGCAAAAAUUCCGACUUUGCGAAAAAAGCAUUGUUAAGGUGGUGAUGGAUCGUGUGAAGCGACUGGCGGAGAACUGCAACGGACUGCAGGGCUUUGUGAUCUUCCACUCGUUCGGCGGCGGCACGGGCAGCGGAUUUCUCUCGCUGCUGAUGGAGCGACUCUCCACCGAGUACGGAAAGAAGCCGAAGCUCGAGUUUGCAAUCUACCCGGCGCCGCAGGUCUCCACUUCGAUGGUCGAGCCGUACAAUUCGAUUCUGAUGACGCACACCACGCUCGAGCACUCGGACUGCACGUUCAUGGUCGACAACGAGGCGAUCUACGAUAUUUGCCGACGCAAUUUGGAUCUCGCCAGGUACGAGCACGUUCUAGCACACAACGUUUUUUUCCACCGCUUUCAGACCAACGUACACAAAUCUGAACCGACUCGUCGCGCAAAUCAUCAGCUCUAUCACUGCUUCUCUCCGUUUCGAGGGCGCGCUCAACGUCGACCUCACCGAGUUUCAGACUAAUUUGGUGCGUCGCCGUCUGUAGGCAUUAUAUUGUACGCGCAAACUUGUUGUUGUUACCACGCACGGUCUCGAUACAUUGGCGCGAAAUUCAAAUUUUAACAGCGCAAAAUUUGUGUUUUUUGCUAGAUUAGCCACGAAAAAUCGAUAUAUUCUCAUUUGUCUCUCGAUAGACUGAUUUUAUAGGCUAUUACGAAUUUUUUAAGCGCAAGAGUCUGCGAAAUCCGCGAAAAAUCCGCGAAAAUCCGCGACAUCCGCGAAAUCCGCGAAAAAUCCGCGAAAUCCGCGAAAAAUGUCCGCGAAAUCCGCGAAAAAUGCGCCAAAACCGCGAAAUCCUCGAAAAAUGCGCGAAAUCCGCGAAAAAUUCCGCGAAAUCCGCGAAAAUCCGCGAAAUCCGCGAAAAAUUCUGCGAAAAAAAACGUCAUUAAUUCUGUGAGAAUUAGUGUGUUUUCAUGUCGAACAAUCAUUUUUCAUCGCCUCUGACCACAAAAAUCAGAAAAAACGUGCUCAAUUCAUGAAAACGCCAUUUGGCCGCCAAGGCCACGCCCAUAUUGUCAGCUCUAGAGACCGUGUGCGUGAAUUUCAGUUGUUUUUCGGUAAUUUUCGCGGUUCGAGCCCUCAAAAUGCUUGUAUUUACGUGAUUUAUCAUUCUCAAAACCAAUUCUGUCUGAAAACGGUCAAGAAAGCGGAAAAUGAAAAGUGCGGGGUUUUUUUUUAAAAACACAUGUUUUGCUGCUGCCCAGAAUCCUCACAAACCUUUGAUUUUCUGCAAAACCGCAUACUGGAACGCGCGCAUUUUCCCCGCUCAAUUUGCAGGUACCGUACCCACGAAUCCACUUUCCGCUCGUCACCUACGCGCCGCUCGUCUCGGCAGAACGGGCGUCUCACGAGCAGAACACGGUGGCGGACAUGACGCACGCGUGCUUCGAACCCGGCUAUCAGAUGGUCAAAUGCGAUCCGCGACGUGGCAAGUACAUGGCCGUGUGCCUACUGUAUCGCGGAGACGUCGUGCCGAAGGACAUCAACUCGGCGAUCGCGUCGGUCAAGACGAAGCGGACGGUGCAGUUUGUCGAGUGGUACGUAGGCGCCGGAUCCGACGGACGAACCUACCGUAUUCGUUUCAGGUGUCCCACUGGCUUCAAAGUCGGCAUCAACUACCAGCCGCCGACGGUGGUGCCCGGCGGAGAUUUGGGAAAGCAGACACGCAGUGUUUGCAUGAUCAGGUCGGCACCCCAACCUCAACUUCUAGCACACUAACCCAAUUUCAGUAACACUACUGCGAUUGCGGAAGCGUGGGCGCGUCUCGACCACAAAUUCGACCUGAUGUACGCGAAACGUGCAUUCGUGCACUGGUACGUCGGAGAAGGUUGGUCAGCGGCAAUUUGAAAUCUCCGUUCAAUUUGACGCGGUUUGACACCCAUCAUGCCCGAGUUUUGAGCAAAAAAUUUUUUACGUACAUGGUUGGUCAAAAAACGUUUUGGGUCCAAACUAGGGCAUGAUGGGUGUCUAACCUCGUCAAAUUGAACGAAAAAUUCGAAAAUCAUGGUUUCAGGUAUGGAGGAGGGCGAAUUCUCGGAGGCCCGCGAGGAUAUGGCGGCACUGGAGAAGGAUUACGAGGAGAUUGGCGAGGACGAGCUUCCGGAUGAUAUUGACGAUCAAUCCUAUCGAGGCAGAAGUUCGCAGUCGAGAUAUUAA